UCUACGAGCCUUCAGCAGCAGAGUCAAAAUUUAAGCAGAGAGAUCCAAACAAAUCCAAGGCAAAGCUGAAAAUAACAAUGAUUAUUUUACUUUUACUCUCCAUGAUAGCCAGAAGUGAUCAGCUAAUGCUGAGUGAGUGUGGAGUAGAAGCAAGACGACCACAAGUCACUGACAUCGCAGUGGAGUGUGGUACUUCAUCCAUUGGUCUCGCGAUUCAGAUCUGCCCUGUCAUCUACACUGGCUACAAUGAGACUCUACUGAUCCUGAACCAUAUGCUGGACCCAGUCUGUAAAGCAACCCUUGAUGAUUCUGUGUCUCCACCUGUUGCUCGCUUCAAUUUCCCACUAAAUAUGACCCACGCUUGUGGAAGCAUAUUCAGGACCACCAGUGCUACCGGGACAGGUAUAUUCUCAGACUUUUCCAACAUCCAGUCGGUCAACAUCAGCGGUGUUGUUCGGUCCAGCGAUCCUACAGCAGGCACAAUCACUUACAACGCUGAGCUUAAGUACUACUACUCCUGCGCCUAUCCCUUAGAAUAUCUGAUCAACAACACCCAGAUCGAUGUGUCUGCUUCCUCCAUCGCAAUCAAGGACAACAAUGGGAGUUUCAUCAGCACCUUAAGCAUGGAGCUGUUCAGUGACGACACCUACACCAGACCAAUGGUCAUUCCACAGCUGGGGAUUGAACUGAGGACCAGUGUGUAUGUCGAGGUCAAGGCCACCAACUUGACAGGGCAGUACCACGUCCUGCUUGACCGGUGCUAUGCCUCAAUCUCCCCACUGCCUUCAAACUCCAGCUACUUCAACCUGUUUGUCCCCUGUUCAAAGGAUCAGUUCACCACCAUGAUUGAGAAUGGAGACAGCCAGAGUGCCCGCUUCCGCUUCCCGGCCUUUCGCUUCAUUGAGCAGCAGAAUGAGACUGUGUCCACCUACUACCUCCACUGCAUUACCCGGCUGUGUGAGAAAAGCACUUGCAGCGCCUUUAAGCAGUGCAAUAAGAGACGGAGGAGGAGCACCCUGGACACAUCUGAAGAGGGCAUAACCCAGACCUAUACCAUCUCUUCUCCAGAGAUCAUCGCCAAAACCGAGAACAACGAGUCCAAGGAGCAGUCUCUUGUUGCCGAAAAACAAGGCAACUCUGCUGUCGGACUUGGUGUGGCUGUUGGCGUCCUUGCCUUUGCUUGCCUUAUUGCCCUUGGUGUUGCAGCUGUAUUUUACAAAAGGCUCAGAAACUAAGGAGUUAUUCAUGCAAUUCAGUGCAGAAUAUUGGCUCAUGCACUUCAGUGCAGAAUCUGCUUGCUUAUUUUACUUUUCUGGUGGAGGACAGGGCUCAGCUCAUCAAUGUGUCUGGAGAUCUUUCUAUGUCUAUUACUGUAGCUCUAACUGUGUAUCAGUCCUGGAAAGAUAGUGGGGAGAAUGGUGUAUCUUUAGCAGAGGUAGCAUUCAGGUAAUUUGUUAGUGUAAAAAUUACUUUUCCCAAAUUAACAAAGACAAGCUUUUAAGUGUUAAUGCAUGUCUGCACUUUAUAAGCUUUGAAAAUAAAUAUACAUAGGAAGAAAUGGUAACUGGAGGGAAAGUCUUUAUCCCAUUCUUUAUAUGUGUAAUGUUAGGUGUGUGGGGUGUUUUGAAAGUGAAAUCAAAGUACCUUUCAAAGUAUUAUAUCUAAUUUAUUGAAUUCCUCUCAUUACUUUUAAGCAAAGAAAGCUAUUAAACUGGAAAUGCUACAUUGCCUGAAUCCAAAAUUUGUUUGUGUUUUUCACUGAUUAACUACAGUUCCUAAACAAAUCAAUUCAUUAAUCAUGUCUACAAAGCACCUUAGGCCCCACCACCCUUGUGUCCAUCUCCCACAAACACACUUAAGUAAGAGUGGGAGUGGGAACAGUACAUUGUCUCAUGCAGUGCCAUUUUAAGAAAUUGACUGUGGAACAACUUAGUUUCCUUGCUUGUUAACCAUUACUGAUUUUGAUUCUGCAAUCAUCUACUGCUGUAAAAAAUAAACUAGUAAAAAUAAAAAAUAAAUGGAUCAAAUUUAA